UCACCGCACCAAAGUCCCUGUCCGGGACUCCGGGUCCGGCUGUCUCUGUCCCUCCGCUGAUUUGCGCGCACCCCGCACUCGCAGUCGCAGGGCCAGUCUCCUCAGUUUUCACCCUCUCCGUCUCCCGUGAGCCAGCCAGAAGUCCUAGCUCCGCGCCCAAACCCUCGGCCUCGACCAGCACCUGCGCGCGGUGGGCCAUGGAUGCGGCGUCGAUGCUGGAGCUGUAUCGCCGCGACCGGCGCAGGCUCCUCAGCUUCCUGCUCUCCGCCGGCGGUGGAGGCGGCCGGGCCCUCGAUCUCUCCCGCGUCGACCUCGACGCCGUCAGCGCCGACUACGCGCUCGAGUGCGUCGCCUCCGGCGCCCAUUUUAAUGCUUCGGAAGCCACGAGGAGGUACUUCGACGAGAGGAGGUACCCUAUCAUGAUUGGGUCGUCAUCAGGGAACUCUUAUUUUCUUCUUUCGAGGCCAAUGCCAUCUGAUUCCUCUCCAAAGGAAGCAGCACCUAGCAUUGGGCCACAGGCACCUGUACAAGACAACUCAAGUUCAACAGGACAACCAACUGAACCAAGAGAUUUCUUCAGGGAUGCUCUUAGUACCUCAGGAAUAGGCUAUGACACGGAAGAUGAUAAAUUGGCAGAUAUUUCUCCUCAGCAAGUAAACAAAGUGGAUAUUCUUUCUCUAGGUUUGCCUAGGCUAACCACAGAACUGUCUGAUGAUGAUAUAAGGGAAACAGCUUAUGAGGUCCUUCUUGCUUCUCUAUUUGUCAGUGGAAAAGUACACUUCUCUGAAGAAAAAAGAGAAAAGAAGCACAAAUUCUUGAAGGGACGAAGAACUAAGACUGAAGGAUCAAAUCCAUCACCUCAGGUGGAAGAUGGCUAUGCCCACAUUCUUGAUCUGACCCGAGUACAAAUGGAGAUUUCAGAAUCUAUGGACAUCCUGACUAAACGAGCUUUAAGACAUAUUAGUUUGAAGACGGUGAAAGAAACGCUUGAUGUGCCCCGUAUAUCACUACAGCUCUUAAGUUCUGUUGGCAAACUUGAUUUUCCAACCGAAAGAUUGCGUGGGCAAUGGCAGAAAAGACAGGCGAAUGUUCUUGAAGAACUACUUCUCUUCUCAGCAUCUCUUGAGUAUGAUACGAGCAACACAUUACGGAUAGUUCUCUCUAAGCUAAAAAGUACAGAGGAUUGGGUUGUGACUGUUCCUGAGGGCCGUGUCGAGGUCCUGACUAUCAUUGAAAGAUACAACACAAAACUUUGUUCACUGACGAAGAAGUUUGACAUUAAAGAUGAGACCUACCAUUGGACCCAUAAUUAUCAUUUUAAUUUUAGGUUAUAUGAGAAGUUACUUUGCAGUGUGUUUGAUAUUCUCGAAGAUGGGCAACUUGUAGAGGAGGCUGAUGAGAUACUGGAAAUAACAAAGCUGACCUGGCCUAUAUUGGGCGUUACUGAGAAGCUGCACCACAUAUUCUAUGCCUGGGUGCUUUUCCAGAAGUUUUCUCAAACUGGGGAGAUUCUUCUACUGAAACAUGCAAGCCUUCAGAUACGGGAAUUUCGAUUGUACCAUGACGUUAAAGAAAUAGAGUUAUAUACAAACAGUUUUAUUUGUUCUGUGGAUGCCUAUGGUGGCAACAAGGUUCUAAGUUUGGUUGACAGUGUCCUACUCAAAAUAAAUGUUUGGUGCCGCAGACAGCUAGGCAAUUAUCAUGCACACUAUAGUAAGAAUAACUACUCGAUCUUUGAGGCCACACUGAACUUGGUCUUGCUAUUGGUGACAAACUCCAGUGAGGACGAUUUUGAAGAAACCAUGUUCAUUGAGAGCCCAGUAGGGAGUACACCAGAACUGAAGUUGAUCCAUUUACUCAUUGUCAGAUCCAUCCAUGCUGCUUAUAAGCAAGCACUAAUUUCAUCAAAUGGCCGAUCAGAUUCAGAAUUUAAGCAUCCAUUGACAAUUCUUGCAAAUGAGCUAAAGGCAGUGGCAGAGAAAGAGUGCACUGACUUCAGUCCAAUACUUAACAAGCACUAUCCUGAAGCUCAAAGAGUAGCUCUAAUCUUCUUACACAUGCUAUAUGGAAAACAAUUGGAACUUUUCUUGGAAAGGACAGAUAAUUCGGAGAACUCAAAAGAGAUACUGGCAGCAUCAAAUAAUUUUGAGCUCUUUAUAGCUCAGAAGCUUUACUCAGUGUAUGGGGAAACUGUUGGGUCUUCAUUCUCCAACUAUUUAAAGCCAUACAUGGUAGGUCACUUUUCUUCACCCCUUGUUCUCCAAUGGCUUCAUGCUCAACACGAGAAUGUCUUGGAGUGGACAAAACGUACUAUUGAGAUAGAGGAUUGGACACCUUUAUCAGCUCACGAGAAACAAGCAAGAUCUGUGGUUGAAGUAUUCCGGAUUGUGGAGGAGACUGUUGAUCAGUUCUUUAAUACGAGCCUGCCCCUGGAAAUUGUCCACUUGCGAAGUCUACUCAUCGGAAUCACUAGGAGUCUUGAAGUCUAUUUGCUUCACAUGGAAAAUCAACAAGUGCCUGGAUCUACUCUUCUCCCUAGUGCUCCAGUCUUGACACGUUAUGCAGAAUCAAUGAAUCCAUUUGCAAAGAGGAAACUUAUUGAGCCUACGGUUCCUGAAGAAAAGGUUGCUAUGAAGUUGAACAAUUUGGCAGUGCCCAAAUUAUGUGUGAAACUCAACACUCUUCAAUUCAUCAGGGAUCAACUUGAUGCCAUAGAAGAAGGUGUCAAACAAUCCUGGGUCUCUGUCUUGUCAGCUGUCAGAUUGUUGGAUUAUUUGUCUUGUAUGGCUAGUGGAAGAGCUCUUUCAGAAAGUUUGACAUCAUCUGAUGAAUCGGUUGAUGAGUUGUUUACAAUAUUUGAUGAUGUGCGAAUGACUGCUGUGAAGAUAACUGAUGUGAUCUUGAACUUUAUUGGAACAAGGGCUGUAUUUUGGGAUAUGCGGGAUUCAUUUAUUUUCUCUUUGUAUCGAGACAGCGUUGAAGGAGCACGCAUGCAGAUAUUUAUCCCCACAAUUGACCAAGUUCUUGAUCAGGUAUGUGAUUUAAUUGUUGAUGUGUUAAGAGACCAAGUUGUACUCAGAAUAUUUCAAGCCUGCAUGGAUGGACUCAUUUGGGUCCUACUGGAUGGAGGCCCAUCACGUGCUUUUUUUGAGACAGAUGUGGAUUUGAUGCAACAAGAUCUUGCUAUUCUCAAGGAUCUCUUUAUAGCAGAGGGUCAAGGUUUACCAAUAGAUAUAGUUGAAAAGGAGGCUAGACAAACUCACCAGAUAUUGGACUUAUAUAUGCUGAAGGCCGAUGCAGUUAUUGAUAUGCUGAUAAAUGCAAGUGACCAAAUGCCUCACGAUCCUGAAGCUACAAAUGCUCGAAGAAGAUAUGUACAUGAUGCCAACACCCUUCUUCGAGUUUUGUGUCAUAAGAAGGAUAAAAUUGCCUCUACAUUCUUGAGAAUCCAGUACCAUCUUCCAAGGUGUUCAGAUUAUGAUGAUGUUCCUGUGAAGGAUGUGUCAUCUAAAGUACCUAUCUUUUCAGACAUGCUGAAAAGAGGUACCUCAUUCAAUUGGUCUGAGACAGGGCAACAAAGCUUUAGAAUUAUGAAGAAGAAACUGCAAGAAGCUACUUGGCAGUAAAGAUGGGUCUUGCUAAGGAAACUCUGCUUGGUUUGCAGUUUUUUUUAUAUAUACAACAGCAGUGAGCUGUACUCAAUCAGCAGGGGAAGAGCACCCCGCGGGCAUUGUUUUAGAAGACCCCCCCCCCCCCCCCCCCCCCCCCACACACACACACAAAAUAAACAGUGCAGACCCUAUAGCAUCACACCCCUAACCCUGGUCACUACCCACAAGUAGGUCUGCACUGCUUGUGCAGGUUGACUGGCACUAUCCACGGAUAGGCUGGCGCUUUGCCACUCUUUUGUGGGUUGUCAGCAAGGGAGGUUUUUAAAAUCAGCACCGAAAUUUGUUCCUGCAGGAAGUUGAAAUGAGUCGUUGGAGGUGCUGAGUCACAAUCACUAGGCUAUGAAUCCUUUCACCAGUGAGCUGUACUAUCGAAGGAACUCUGCACGGUCAAGGCUCCAUAUUAUUCAGUAUAAGCUCCCAAAGGUCCACAAUGGUGCUCAUUGUGACGGUGGCCCUGGUUGAAUUCAUGAAGUAUGACUGCAAAGCUUCAUUUGGAGGGUUUUAGUUUCGAAAAUAUGAAGGACAAGCUUGGUGCAGUGGUGAGAAGCCUUACCAGUUACCACCGAGCCAAAGGUAGUUCGACACAGCCUUUCUACAAAAAUACAGGGAUACGGCUUGCCACGAUUAUUUCUCUCGGGCCCUACUCAUGUGGAAGUCUGUCUUUUUUUUUCCCCUCGAAAAUACCCUGGCCGAUCCGGUGCUAGUACCGAACUGGAGGAUUUAUUUUACCUGGUCCUUGGCUUCAGCUUGAUCAGAUUCUCUCUUAUGUACAGGUUGUUAGUUCUAGAGUUCCGGUACAAUGGGCGCUAGUGCGCUACAUAUUUGGAAACCCGAUAGAUUAACUAUUCGAAAAUCCGGAAGUAACAUGACUGUUUAUUAAGUUAUUUUUCUCCCCCCUCCCAAAACAACUGGAAGCUGAAGCCAACACAGGCGGUGCCAAAGUGGCCUUUAAUAUUUUCAGAAGCACGGGAGCACUGUCUAUGCACAAUCCGUUGCAGUUAAAUGUCUAGGUUGGCAAUGCGCCAAUGUAGUGACUGUCGGAUACUUGUGGUUACUGAGCUUUACCGGCUCUUGGAACUCGUUACUACAGUACCAAAGAAGUGAAGAAGCUGAAGCCAACGCAAGCUGUGCCAACGAGGCACGAAAUAUUUGCACAGGCUCGGGACUCGGGAGCUCACUCUGUCUAUGCACUAUAAGUUGCAGUUAAGGUUCGUUCUAGCUGUCACGUCAUUAUCAAUCACUAGUGUUAGUUUUUAUCUACCUCAACGAUACUGUUGAGAAUCACUAUUGGUGAUCAACACCAUUACAUGUCUCAAUUUCUUCCUUAUUUUCUUGGUCAUCUAUUUUUAAUUCUUUGGACAAUUCUUUAAUGGUCAAAUGUGGAUCAUUUUCAUGUCAUUAUUUAUUUGGUCGGUGUUAUGAUUCAUCGAUUUAUCGUUCAAACAAUUUUAUAUAAUUUAACUUCAUGUUAUCUA